ACGUGUCUGAGAAGCAAUCAGGAUGCAACAUGGCAACUAGCUAGCUACACUAGACUUGAACUGUCUCCCUGGGCUUCUCUAGCUCGUCCCCCACUAAAUAGUUGUUGUUUUUCUCCCCCAAUGCCAAUGGAAUAAACUCUAGUUUACGCUGAAGUGUGCGGGUGUCCUGAGGUCUACUGCUGCCCUCCUGCCGACGUCUGCCUCCUCACUAUGGCCAGCGGGGAGGACGAUGACCCGAUCAUACAAGAGAUCGACGUUUACCUGGCCAAAAGCCUUGCAGAUAAACUCUACCUGUUUCAGUAUCCCGUCCGGCCCUCCUCUAUGACAUACGAUGACGUCACUCACCUGUCUGCUAAGAUCAAACCCAAGCAGCAGAAGGUUGAGUUGGACAUGACCAUCAACACAUCGAGCCCCAACUACUGUCGCAGCAAGGGGGAGCAGAUCGCCCUCAACGUGGAUGGGACUAACUACGAGGAGACCAAUACCUACCCUGGGAAGAUGAUGGACAAGCAGAUGUUCACGUCGAUCCAGGCCACCACCAACACGUCGCGCUACGCCGCUGCUGUCUUCCGCAAAGGGGAGCUGCACAUCACGCCUCUGCAGGGAAUCCUCCAGAUGAGGCCCAGCUUCAGCUACCUGGACAAGGCUGACAGCAAGCACAGGGAGAGGGAGGCGGCCAACGAAGGUGGAGACUCUUCUCAGGAUGAAGCAGAGGAAGAUGUCAAGGCCGUCACUGUGAGGUUUUCUCGUCCUGAGUCGGAGCAGGCCCGCCAGCGGAGGAUCCAGUCUUAUGAGUUCCUCCAGAAGAAGCAGGCAGAGGAACCAUGGGUGCACCUGCACUACCACGGCGUCACGGACGGGCGAUCAGAUCAUGAAAGACAGUAUCUGUACUGUCAGUCCAUGGGAGGUGCCGAAAACACAGAACUUGUUAAAACAUCCAAGGAAUACCUGGCCAUGCUCAUGCCCCCCCUGGCAGAGGAGAAGAUAGUGAAGCCGGUAGGCCCCAGUAACGUCCUGUCCAUGGCUCAGCUGCGGACCCUCCCUCUGGGCGACCAGGUCAAGACGCUCAUGAAGAACGUCAAGGUGAUGCCGUUUGCCAACCUGAUGGGUCUCCUGGCGUCUGGGACGGACUCGGUCGCAGUGAUGCGCUGCAUCCAGCAGGUGGCGCUGUUGGUGCAGGGUAACUGGGUGGUGAAGAGUGACGUGCUGUACCCCAAGACCAGCUGCAGCCCUCACAGUGGGGUUCCUGCCGAGGUCCUCUGUCGAGGCCGAGACUUUGUGAUGUGGCGGUUCACCCAGGAACGCUCGCUGAUGAGGAAAGAGGUCGCUGCCAUCGUCAAGCUCCCUCCAGAGGAUGUGAAGGAGUUCCUGGAACAUAUGGCCGUGCCCAGGGUGAACCGUGGCUGGGAGUUCCUGUUGCCUCUGGACAGCCUCUUCAUCAGAAACCACCCGGACGUGGUCCAUCGGCAGAACAUGCUGUGGAUGGGCAUCCAGAGCAAGUUGGAGAAGGUCUUCAGCUUCAGUAAAGACGACUUUGCAUCUAAGAACCCUCCUCAGCCAGAAGCCGUGCACGUGAGCGGGGAGCAGCGCCUCAAGGCCGCCCAGGAGCGUGCACGUGAGCAGCAGGCGUCCAUGCAGCGGGACGCCGCCGCCCACCGGCAGGGAGGCGGGGUCUCGGGGGGAACAGGAAACAGCAUUCGGGUCAAGGAGGAACCCGUCAGCGACGUGGAAGACGAGUCCAUGGACACGUCUUCCUCCUCCGCCGUCCCUAACGGCUCCGUUAACGGUCACCAAGGGGGACCGUCCUCUGGCUCGCCCUCCCAGGAGCUGCGGGACUUUGUGUACAGCACCUUCCGGAAGCAUCUGGUGCUGACGCUGAGCGAGCUGAAGAGGCUGUUUAACCUCCACCUGGCCUCGCUGCCACCUGGGCACUGCCUCUUCCACUCCAUCUCUGACCGCCUCCUGCAGGACGCCAUCCUGCUCAGCCACUGCAAGCAGAUCCUGGUGCCGUUCCCAGCCCAGAGCACAGCGGCUGCAGAUGAGCAGAAGGUGUUUGCUGUGUGGGAGACGGGAGAGACCUUCGACAAGCACCGGCAGGUUCUCUAUGAGGUCUUCAUGAAGAACUACAGGGUCCGGAGGAACAUCAUACAGAACAAGCUCACACAGGAACUGGGAGACGCCGUCACCAAGACCGAUGUGGACCGGCUGCUGAAGGAGUGCUGUGUGAGCGCCGGAGGGAUGUGGUACCUCAAAGGAACCACCCAGUCAGGACACUGAUUGGUUGACAGCCAUCUGCGCCCACCAUCAACCAUUCAGGCUCCUCCCCCAGAGCCCAGUGGGAGGGCUCUGCACGGGGAAGCGGAACAGCCAGACAAAACAAUCCAAUCGUAGCCCCUGGCUUCCAUGGAGGGGGAUUGGAGGACAUGAGGUGUCAGUCAUCUGCUCUGCUCAGAACAUAAUGCCCUUUGUUGACUGAAGUAGUUCUGAGCGUGGUCCUUUCAGAGGCGGACUAAGUGGACAGGAACACCUGACACGAACAGGCAUGAUGACAUCACAGGCGUGAUGACAUUACAGGUUAGGAGCAAAGGAGGGAACAGAUGAGAAAAGAAUGCUGAAAUAAAAUGCCUCUGUAAAACUGUAGCCAAAGCUGUCACAUGUUCUUUAGUUUUUUUAAAUAUUUUUUGGGGGUGGGAGAAUUGGACUGUGAUUCAAUGUUUUGAAUUAGGUGCAUUUCAGUGGUUUAAAAAGUCCUAGCCUAUUUCUGAAUGUUUACACCUUUUGCAGAGUGAGUGAAGUUUGGAGUGUUAAGAAAUGCUAGAAAAUAGUUAAGGAAAAUACUGUAUUUGCAACAACCUCCAUGUUAAUAUUUGAAUAAUAUUAAAAGAGGAAGGGGGAAUUCAUGUGUAGGUUCCAGAUGUUGGCAAUGUUCCCCUGACCCUGACCUGUUCAGUGUCCACAGGUCUACAAGGACAGUGUGAGUCUAAAGCAGUAUUAGGAACUUCCCUUGCAGCAAAGCCAUGCAGAACCACCAGCUCUGGUUCUCCUACUAGUUGUGGUCCCUGUUGGGUCUGGGCCUGGGUAGAACCACCACACAGGGCUGCUGCUGUGCGUCUGAAGCUGCUGAUGCAGCUUGAAAGCUGGCUGCUCUCUGGCGCUCUGCUACGGUUGUGGCCCUCAAUCUAAGUGCCUCCCUCCAUGUGGAGAUGAAUCUCCACCACCUGUGCGUUGAAGAAAAUGACUAGCUGGCCAUAGAAUAACUCAGAAAUAAUACUAGCAGCGACCCUGUGCCGACUGCAGUGCUACGGUUAGUGUUUAUUUAUGAUGAUUCAAGGUUUCCUGCAGAACAUUUGAGUUAAGGUGGUAGGGUGGGGUUUGCAGUCAGACCGGGGGGGCAGGCGAGUGUUGCUUAUGUGGCCGCCUUAACUGCAUAGUGCUGUGGGAAACCCUGUGACACAUCUCUGCUAGUUCAUCAGGACUUGCACAACAAGUGCCAUGGUCUUUAAAGCAUUCCACAUCUUUCUGGCUUUUGAAGAACUUUGUUUUUUUUUUUUCCAAUCCCUGCAAACCCAAACCAGACUGAACAAUACAUCACUUUUUUGUGUUCCAUUUCUAUGUUGGAUUGCUUAAUAAACAUUGCAAUAACUGGAA